GAACUUCCUGAACGCUCCGCCCCGCACGAACCGACCCCGCGUGAGCCCAAGAGGACCGAGAGAAGAGGAGCAACCCGAGGACGCAGAGUAAUGUCAGUAUCAACAACCAGCACAGAUAAUUCCCGGUAGCGCUUCCGGUUAUCCCGUCGGUUCGUCGUCUCGAGUCGCGAGGACAACGCAAACCGCCGCCGCCGCUUUUCUCUCAGAACCGGCAGCCGUCACGAAGCAGCGAUGCCUCAGAAACAGAGGACCAAGUCCUGGAUGGAGCUGAAGCAAGCGGGGAACGAGUGUUUCAAGACGGGCCAGUACGGAGAGGCCACCAGCAUAUACAACCAGGCCAUCAAAGAGCUGGAGAAGUCCAACAAGAAGAGCCCGGAGGAUUUGGGCAUUCUGCACUCGAACCGCGCGGCGAGCCACCUGAAGGAGGGCAACUGUGCCGAGUGUGUGAAGGACUGCAACCUGUCUCUGGAGUUGUUACCGUUCAACGUGAAGUCUCUCCUCCGCCGCGCCACCGCCUACGAGGCGCUGGAGCGCUACCGGCUGGCGUACGUCGACUACAAGACGGCUCUGCUGAUCGACUGCAACAUCGCGGCGGCUCACGAGGGCACCAACAGGAUGGCGAAGGCGCUGACGGAGGCCGACGGUCUGUCGUGGCGGCAGAAGCUUCCCCCCAUCCCGACCGUCUCUCUGUCCGACAGGGAGAAGCUGGCCCAGAAGAGACCGGCCGGCGCCGCUCAGCCCACGGCCAAACACAACGGCAACCGGCAGACCAACAGACCCCCUCCCAGCGAUAAAGACAUGAAGAAAGGACAAACCCUGAAAGAAGAAGGGAACGCUCUGGUGAAGAAGGGCGAGCACAAGAGGGCCAUCGAGAAGUACGGCCAGAGCAUCAAGCACAACCCCACGGAGAUCACCACCUACACCAACCGGGCGCUGUGCUUCCUGUCGGUGAAGCAGUACCGAGACGCCGUCAGAGACUGUGACGAGGCUCUGCUGAUGGACAGCGGCAACAUCAAGGCGCUCUACAGGAGGGCCCAGGCCCUGCUGGAGCUCAAGGACAUCAAAGGCUGCGAGGAGAACCUGAACACCCUCCUGCAGGUGGAGCCCAAGAACGUGGCGGCCAUGAAGAUGAUGGAGGAGGUGCAGAAUAAGAAGUGAUGACCAGUCGGGGACUCGGGGGAGACGGCGGUGAGGAUCGGUCACUGCGUAAAGAUGGAGGGGGGGGGGGGGGGGCAGUGACACGAUCCAGCCGCCCGACCUGCGGUUCCCCCCAAAAAAGCCAAAAGCCUUGAUGAUGUUUGUAUUCCACCGGUUUUAAGUGUCACUGAGUAUUUAUGGUUAUUUAUGUAAACGACUGAGAAGAAAAUCAACUCGCAAUCACACUGGGGAUAACUUACCGUGACUCGGCACUUUCCACUUCCUGUUUCUGCGCGUCAUGUCGGGUCACCUGAUCCGCUGACGACGUGAAACGAUAUUCUGAUAUUAGAAGCUUCAUUUAACCCCAAAAUAAAUCAUUUAAACCCAUCCACUGUAUAUGCUUAUCAAUAUAUAUUGAGAUGCAGGAACACAGAUUAUUAUAAUGGCGUAAUGCAUCGACGUUUCCACCGUUGUAGAUUUUGGCUUUUACAUUUCAUAAAUUCCUGGCAACCUGAUUGGAGAAGAAGAAAGAAAAUAAAAGUUUAAUUUAAGUUGUUUGGAAUCAGACAAUUCUGGAUAUUUUUUGCUGGAUAACUUUUUUUAAAUAGUUCCAGAUUUCUUUGUGUAUUUUUUUCUUUUUCUUUUUCUCAAUGGACUUAUCUUUGAGGCUCCGCCCACUUCAAAAUCUGCCCGAUGACUCAUAAAGGUUUAUUCUGCGUAAACCACCAUUUCAAACAUUAACGCUCUACACUCGGGGAGUUUACGGAUUCAUCCUCCACUUUGGUUUUCUGAGACUUCCGAUAAGUGUGUGUGUGUGUGUGUGUGUUUGUGACUGGAUUGAUGUUCCUGUUCUUCACGCCGGGUUCACGUUCGUUGAGUGAAGACUCGGCGAAGACAUUUACACUCGGCUUGUUUUAAAGGGACAGUACACCCAGAGGUCUCAUCGUGUUCUUCCUCUUCUCUGCUGUAGAUUAUUUUUGGAGAGUUGCUGUCGGUCGAAAUAAUAAAACGGUUCCAUAACGUCACAAAGACACUUUGCUGUGGAGUUUUUUUUUUUUUUUUUGGGGGGGGGGCACUUUUGGUCAAGUCGAGUGCCGCCGAGUUCCUCAAGAGAAAGCCGACGCCCCCUCUGCCGAAAGUCUACACAAUUAGGCAGCCGGCAUUCCUAGGUCCUUUCCUAGGUUGUUUCCUUGGUUUUUUCCUGGUCCUUUCCUAGGUUGUUUCUUAGGUCCCUUCCUAGGUUUUUUCUUAGGUCCCUUUCUAUGUUGUUUCUUAGGUCCUUUCCUAGGUUGUUUCUUAGGUCCUUUCCUAGGUUGUUUCUUAGGUCUCUCCUAGGUUUCUUAGGUCCUUUCCUAGGUUGUUUCUUAGGUCCUUUCCUAGGUUGUUUCUUAGGUCUCUCCUAGGUUGUUUCUUAGGUCCCUUCCUAGGUUUUUUCUUAGGUCCCUUUCUAUGUUGUUUCUUAGGUCCUUUCCUAGGUUGUUUCUUAGGUCUCCUAGGUUGUUUCUUAGGUUCUUUCCUAGGUUGUUUCUUAGGUCCUUUCCUAGGUUGUUUCUUAGGUCCCUUCCUAGGUUGUUUCUUAGGUCCCUUCCUAGGUUGUUUCCUUGGUCCUUUACUAGGUUGUUUCCUAAGACCCGUGUCACUCGCUCAAGAUUUAUAAUUCCGUUUACAACCGUUUUUUCCAUUUUUUCCCUCUUUUUUGAACGACAAUUAUGUGAUCCAGGAUUUAAAAAAUGUUUAACAUGUAAAACAUUUACAUGUUUCCUUCAAACGGGUCAUAAAAUUAAGUUAGUCUUCCAUUUCAUGUCAUUGUGAAACCUCUCGUUGAUCCUGCUGUCGCUCGGCAACCUCUAGGAAGUGCCUGAAGUGCCUGUCUGCGUCCUUCAUCAGUUGACACUAAUGCCCCCCCCCCUCCAGUUAUGUGUACCAUGCAAGGAAGGUUAAUGAACAUGACCGUGUUAAUGAACAUGUUAAUAAACAUGACUGUGUUUAUGAACAUGUUAAUGAACAUGAACGUGUUAAUGACUGACCCGUCUGUUCUGGGUGGCGUCUGGCGGCAGGAAGCGGUGACAUCACUUCUGCUGUUUCUGUAACUUUGUGUUUUUUUGUGUUUGUCAACAUCUUCAGUUUUAACUGCAAAUAAAUGUAAGAAAUAAACCCAAAACAAUCUGCUUUUUA